GGCCAAACUAGUCUACUAUAAAACAUUAGGUUAAAAGGUAGCAAAACAGAUAUAUACUCUCCACCGUCGGCAACCACUUAUCUCCACCGUCUCCGGCGAUGUAUACUCUCCCUCUCCGGCGAGCUCUUUCUCCUUCCUCUUCCAUUAUCACUCAAAUUUUCCGUCAACCAAAUCUCAUUUCUUCAAGUGCACCACUCUCCCAAAUUCAAUCUCCCCAAACCAAUUUCUCUAAGCUUCAGCGCUUCGAUUUUCCAUCUCAGUCGAGGCUAUUUAGGUCUUCUACAGUUUCACUUUCCUCGAGGUCUCGAUCAUUUGAUCGGAACCCUGCUGAUGAUGAGAUUGGGCCCGAUACGAUCCUUUUCGAAGGAUGUGAUUAUGAACAUUGGCUCAUUGUAAUUGAUUUUCCUAAGGAUACUCAGCUUACGAGGGAAGAGAUGAUUGAGACUUAUGUGCAAACUGCUGCUAAAGUCUUCGGCAGUGUGGAAGAGGCUAAGAAAAAGAUUUAUGCCUUAAGCACAACAACUUACCGGGGUUUUCAGGUCUUGUGUUCAGAGGAAACAUCGAAGAAGUUUGAAGGUCUCCCGGGAGUUGUGUUUGUACUGCCUGAUUCCUAUAUUGAUCCAGUAAACAAGGAAUAUGGAGGUGACAAGUAUAUUAAUGGGGAAAUCAUUGAGAGACCACCUCCUCCACAGUUUCAAAGACAAGGCAGGCCUCGAAGAGGCCCACAGUAUCAACAAGGCAAUUAUCGCCCACCGCAGAAUCCACCCCAGCAGAACUAUGGGCCAGGACAGGGACCUCCACCACAGCAGAAUUAUGGUGCAGCACAGGGUCCUCCAUCGCAGCAGAACUAUGGCCCUCCACCCCAGCAGAACUAUGGCACGCCACAGGGUCCUCCGUCCCAGCAGAACUAUGGCCCACCAAGGUAUCCUGCACCCCAGCAGAACUAUGGCUCACAACAGUAUCCUCCACCACCUCAACAGAACUACAGACAACCUCAGAGUCCUCCACAGCAGAAUUAUGAGAAGCCACAGAGUUAUGGUGCACCUCAGAAUGUUCCUUCUCAAUGGAAUCAUGGCCGUCAGCAAAGCUUUUCACCUCAACAGAGCUAUGGGCCUCCAGGAUCUGGGGAUCAUAGGGGUCCUGCACCUCUUGGUAACAGCCCAGGUGGAUGGAAUAAUUCUCAGGGUGAAAGACAAGAUUCAAGACAUCCACAUGAGGUUAAUUAUAAUCAAAGAGGGCAAGGAAAUUAUUUUUCUCAAAGAGACCUGAGAGGUGGUGCACCUCCAGACCAAGGAGGCUUCGGAGGAGCUCAACAUUAUGCCUCUCCACAGGGUGAAAGUUAUGGACAACGAGCCUUUGGAGGUCAAAUGCAGGUAACUGGCCCCACACUUGGGCAGAACACUCCAAUGCCUGGAGGAGAUCAGAGUUUCCCACAGAUGGAGCAGCGGGGCAACAUUCAAGGGGGAGAACAGAGGACUUAUGGAGCUAGUGGUACAAUGGGAACGGACCAAGGGAGAUACUGAAAAUAUGGCGUAGUAUCCAGACAUGCUGAGAAAUGAUUGUUGAUGAGCUUUUGACUAGUUAAAGGUGAUGGUUAUUUUCUGAAUAAUUGAGAAGUGAUCAUGUUCAUCCUCAAAUCUCAACAAUUAUGAAGAAACGUGGGCUGACGAAUAUUGUUGUGGUAAAUAGUUUUCCAAUGUCUUAAGAGUGGUUAUGAAAAUGGUGCUUUGUGAGUGAUAACAUAGAGGAGACUCACGUGUAAAACAGCAUGCAGUAUCUGUUUCUUUUUUGUGUAAGAAGGUUUUUAAUGCCUUUGCUAAAUUUUGUUGUCUUAGCUAAGUUUUGAGCUGGGAUUGAAAGAAAAGGUAAUGACACAAAUCUAAUUAUCAUUA